AUAAAUUUGUUGAUAACCUAACCCGGCUUACUUCAAAUUUCUGUAUUUUUCAUCAUGCAACAGGUACUUUUUAAACGAAUAAUCCGAUGAAUGGUGUAGUGUAAUUUGAAAAAAGUUUCCUCACAAGAACAGAUGUUUAAGAUGAACACCCCUUAAAUAAUUUUAUUGACGCACGUGUGAACAAUAUGGAUUUAUCUGGUAGUUUUUUUGGAGAGAUAUUCGAGCAGAGCGUGCAUGUAACUUCCAGUGAUCAAGUUACCUCAAAUCAGUUCAAUAAUAACAUGUCGUUCAAGAUCGAAAAUGAUGCUUAUCCGUCUGCUGAAGAAAACGAUGAGCCUUACGAAAUUCAAGCUGAAACUGAUGAGCAAUUUACAAAAAAUGAAGACGUAUGCGUCGCAUGUGGACAUGUCUCAGCGUACGAAUUUUUUAGUUUCCCGAUCAAUGCUGAUAUUCGACAGCAGUGGGCGAAGUUUUGUGAUAUAAAUUUAGAUAGAAUAAAACCACAUUUUCGCCUUUGUGAUGGACAUUUUAAACCCGAAGACUACCAAAUCUCGAUGCAAUGUAGAGUAUUGAUGCCGACAAGUGUUCCAACUUUACGACCAAAACUCAAACACAACUUCACGUCUUCGAUUAGUCAGAGCUUUCAAUUCGGUACAGAUGUAAUUAGUUUUUCAAUGCCAAAGUUGAAUUUAAACUCAUCGCAAAAUACAAUCUGCAGCUCGGACUUUGAAAAAAACACUACCACCGCAGGUGCUCCUAAUAAACGAUUGUGCGAGAAUUUUAAAGAUAUUACGAAUAAUCAGGACACCAUUCCUUCAAAGACAGCGAAAUUGACACCGGAGAAAAACUUGAAACACGAAAAGUGUCACCUAUUAGAGAAAAAUUUACGAUCAGAAAUUUUCAGAUUGAAAAUACGAUGUUCUCAUCUCGAAGAUACUGUAGCUAACAUUGAAAGUAAAAUCAAGCAACAGGUUGAAGAGUGUUUAGGUACACGAACAAAUACUGCCGGAAAUGUUGCGAGAGAUAUUCAGAACUCGACUUCAUCGAUUAACGCUUCCUCAGAUAAAUCGAGUCACAAUCUUUGUAAUACGGAGGCACGAACUGAUCAACGUUCUGUAAAAGAUGCGGUCGUAGGAUCUGCCGAGCAUGUUACCGAAGAUGGUUACUCUACAGAUACCAGUGUGGCUUCCGUUGCUAUAUCGAUCGACGAUCCUCAAAUGGUAGAAGUACAAUCAGAACUAUUUACCGAAGAAGUUAUGCUCGAUGAAGCUACCGAAAAGAUUGCCGAAGAUAAUCACUCUGUGAAUUCGACUGUUUCUCCCCGAGAAAGAUCUACCGACCCUCUUCAUAAUGCAAAGGUGAACCGAAAACAAGUUCCCGUAAGAGUUGUGAACGCAGAUACUUCCAGAAUUGUAACUGAAAAUAAUCGCUACCCUUUGACUACGUUUGAAGAUUCGAAUAGCAGACGUUGCAGUACAGAUGAUCCACUUGAGCAACAUUUCGAAGAAGCACCUCCAGAACCCGAAUAUUCUGACGAAGAUAGUCAAUCUCCAAAUUCUACCAUUCCUUCCUCAGAAAAGUCGUUAGAGAGUCGUAAUAACGCAGAGGCGCGAGCAGGAUGCUCAAAAAAUCAAGAAAACUCCGGUCGCCGUCCGAUGCCUCGAUCUGCAAAGCAGAAAAAACAUCUCCCAAGCGUAGAAAAGCCAACGCCAAACUCCAGCAAUGUUUCAAACAAGGUAAAGGUACUGAUACGGAAUUCAUUCCCCUACUGUUGUGAUAUUUGUGGUACAAUGUUUUCCUUUCAACGUGAUUGGUCAAGACAUCAGCAAGAACAUUCGAAGCCGUUUUGCUGCCAAGUCUGUGACAAACAGUUCGCCUAUGAAAGCAAAUUUAUUGCACAUGGAUUGACACAUAGUGAAAAGAAACGCUACAAAUGCAGCAUUUGUGACGCACGAUUCAAGCGUUAUCACCAUAAAGAGAGGCACGAACGCGUGCAUAAGGAAGGAGCUUGUUUUGAGUGCUCUGAUUGCGGACAAAAGUUUUCCUAUAAACAUCAUCUCAUUAGACACCAGAGACUACAUUCUGGUGUGAAACCGUAUUCUUGCCAAACGUGUAGCAAAAGUUUUACUCGAAUAGAUUAUCUUACCAAGCACCAACGGACUCAUAGUAAAAAGAAACCCUUCAAAUGCCGCAUAUGCAACAAACAAUUCAAGGAUGAUUCCUAUAGGGCAGUGCACGAACGUUUCCAUGUAGAGGGCCCUCGUUUUGAGUGUGCCCAUUGCGGCAACAAAUUCCGCACUAAGCCCUUCUUAGCCAAUCACAUCGCAUCUAAAUGUGUACUUAAAUAAAUUUCUAUAAUUGAAUACUUAGCUAUCUGAAUGUGUACACUGUGCAGAUUCAAAUUUGUUUUUUUUUUGUUUUGCUUUUUUUUAUGUGAAUAAAACUUGACUGACUUGAUACUUGAGCGAUUUCUCAAAUUCAGUUUAUUCUUAAGAGAUUGGCGCGUAAAUGCUUUAUUGUCACCCAACUUGUACUUCAACUUACAUGUGAGAAAAAUACACGAGCGAUGG